ACUCACUGUUUUGCUCUUUUGUAGCUCCCAGAGGCAGAGCUGCUACUCAUUCACAGCUCCAACAACAGGGAAGCACGCGAAAACCGUUUCCUUUGACAAACCGAAGAUGGCAUCGCUCGACACCGAUGUGAAUAUGGUUCCCGCCGGAGAGGUCUCCUCCGAUGCUGGACCUUCUAAUCCGGCCCCGCCGGCGACGCAAUCAGCUAAGAAAGCGAAGCGAUUCGAGAUCAAGAAGUGGAAUGCCGUCGCGCUCUGGGCUUGGGAUAUUGUGGUCGAUAAUUGUGCUAUUUGCCGGAACCAUAUCAUGGAUCUCUGCAUUGAGUGCCAGGCUAAUCAAGCUAGUGCAACAAGCGAGGAGUGCACGGUUGCCUGGGGAGUUUGCAACCAUGCCUUCCACUUCCAUUGCAUUAGUAGGUGGCUCAAGACUCGUCAAGUUUGCCCUCUGGAUAACAGCGAAUGGGAGUUUCAGAAGUAUGGUCACUAGAAUCUUUCGAGGUAGAGACAUGAGGCAUCCUCGUUGUGUGAAGAAAAUAGUUGGACAGAUUACUUUGCUGCUUUAUGGAGUUCCUAUUUGUCUACUGAGGCAAAUAUCGGAAGACCUGAAAAGCCUGAAUACAUAUUUAUGUAUAUGUAUAUUUCAGGAUUUGAAUCCGUCUGCAUCAUUGAGACAUCUUUACCAGUUAUUUGUUGUCUCAACGCCUGAAACAUUAUUCAGAAUUUUUCUAAUGUUGAUGCCAAAUGUUAUGUAGUUUGUAACCUGUUAUUGCCGAGUGAGGCUUUUUUAGUGCAACUAUUGUGAUUUCCAUUGGCAAGACUGAUUAACCUUGAGU